GUGUGGUGGCGGGGCGCGGCGGGCUCCCUCGGGGUCCCGGCGGGCGGGCACUCGGCGGCCGCGGCGCGAUGGAGGCGCCGGCCGAACUGCUGGCCGCGCUGCCCGCGCUGGCCACGGCGCUGGCACUGCUGCUCGCCUGGCUGCUGCUGCGGCGUGGGGCGGCCCCGGCCCAGGAGAGAGCGUCCCCGGCUGAGGCCCCCGGGGCUCCCGCGCCGCCUGAGCCUCCCGAGCCCUGCGCCCCGGAGCCCGCACCCGCAGAGCCGUGCCAGCCCGAGCGCGUGGCGGAGCCGGGGGAGCCCGAGGCCGAGGAGCCAGCGGCCGAGGGGAGGCAGGAUGAAGAGCAAGACUCAGACAGUGAGACAGGGCCCCCCACUGAAGAACCUGAGGAAGAAGAUGGAGCCGCCUUUUCCUUUAAGUACAGCCCUGGGCAGCUGAGGGGAAGCCAGUACAAGAAGAUGAUGACCAAAGAAGAGCUGGAGGAAGAACAGAGAGUCCAGAAAGAACAGCUGGCCGCCAUCUUCAAGCUCAUGAAGGACAACAAGGAGACGUUUGGUGAGAUCUCCGAGGGCGACAUGCAGGAGCAGCUCCGGCUCUAUGACAUGUAGGCCUGUUGCCCAGCAAGAUGUGACCCAGGAUGCCCAGACAACCCUGAGAGGCCUGCUGCAGGCGGUUGUGAUUCCCGGACUUCUGAGGGGCUCUGAAACAAACAAACAAACAAACAAACAAAAUGUGUGCUGUGUAAGGAUUGGCUUGGUCCCUGCAAUGUAUAUAUCAGGUCAGAGGAGGAAAGCCCUGACCCCUCUGGCUUCAGCUUGCUGGCGAUGGUCCAGCUGUGCUAUAGAGCUGGGGCAGGCGGUCCAGGAGAGCCGAUGAGGGCGUUCCAUCACUCUAAGCUUGCACCCUAAGCACGCUGUGUAAACAGGACAUGGGGAGAUAGACAUUACUGAGUAACACCGAAAUCUUCAUUAUGCCCACGGGGUAUUUCUGCAAGCACAGGGCGGCAGCUGAAGCAAGCAGUAGGGGAGCAAUAGUUUGGCCAAAGCCCGACGGAAGGGCUCACCCGAAGGCGGAGCAGUGGGCUCAGUAGAGUUGCUGCCAUUGCUGACGCCUACCCUCAUUGCAGCCAUGCCGUGAGCAUGUUUACACACGGAGAACAAUGCUGGGCACUGUAGACAGAAGAAAUAAAACGCACAGCAGGAUCCUGGGGUGGAGCCAUGUGUGUCCUAAGUUCAAGGUCCCUGAGGUCCAUCCCCAGCACCAGACGCCCUCCCCUCCCCGGCCCCACCCAAAAAAAUGUGAUCCAUACCUUUGGUGAGGCUAGCCCCCUUUAGAGAAGGAGAACUACUAGAAAGCAUUCGAGAAAAUGCCCAGGUCCUCUGGAAUAAUGCCUGGGGUUCCAGGGUGGGCAGGUCAGCGAUGACGGGGGUGGGGACCACAGCAGCUCCUUCGUGCCCCCAGUCCUACUUAGUGUCACCCCACUUGCCAGGAAGUGCUUUUUGUUGUUGUUUUUGUUUGGUUUGGUUUUCCAGACAGGGUUUCUCUGUGCAGCCCCGGCGGUCCCAGAACUCACUCUGUAGACCAGGCUGGCCUCCAACCGACAGAGACCCACCUGCCUCUGCCUCCAGGGAUCCCAGGCACGUGCCACCGCCACCACCUGGCUAGUAAGUAGGAAAGUUCCUAAGACCUAUUUUUUAUUUGCUAAAAUAAAGACUACAUUGACAUAGAGACACACCUCAAGCUGUGGGGAGCAGAGUUAACUUCUUAGCCAUUUUUUAAUUGUGUGUGUAUGGAUUGUGUGUGUGAGUGCAGGCGCCUGGAGAGAUGGCUCAGCAGUUAGCAGCGCUUGCUGCUCUUCCACGGGGCCUCCAUUCAGUUCCCAGCACCCAUGUCAGGCCGCUCACAGCCUCCUGGCACUCCAGCUCCUGCACAAGACCCUUCUCCACUUGCCUCCGUGAGCACCACUUUCAUAGAAGUGUAUCUGCAGCCUCGGAAGCCAUUCUCAGGUGAAGGAGGAAAUGAAGCCAUUCCUGGCGUCACUGGCAAGCUUUAACACUGAACGUUCACUCCACCCCGAGAGCUCAGACCACAAGGAAAGGCCUGUCUUCUCACCAAUGUUGAGAGGAAGAAAAACCGUUACCAUCGGGCCCUUACAAGCAAUAAGGCAGGUGUGAUGGUUCACGCUGAGCAUCAACUUGGCAAGACCCGGAGUCACCCAGGAGACACAGCCCUGGUGCCUCUGGGAGGCUGCUUCCGGAGAGGUUUAACCAAAAAGGGAAGGCCCACGCUGAAUGUGGGCGGAACCGGUCCAUGGGCUGGAGUCCCCGCUGGACAACAAAGUGCGCUGAACACGGCCCCCACCCCACCCCCCACCCCGCUUCCUGGCAGCAGACAUGGUGCCUGGUCAGCAGCACCCUCCGCUGUGACCUCACCGUAACCGACAGAUCCCCUGAACUGUGGGCAGAAUAAACCUUCCUCCCUUGACUUCCAUCUUGUCAUCUGCUUGGACACAUGGAUGAGGAAUAUAACUGACACAUCAGAGGAAAAAGGGUAACAGACAGAGCAACUUGCUUCACAAUUGUGAGGCUAGAACUCUGGAUCCCGGCGACUGUGUCACAAGCUGGGUGUCCUACAAAUGCCUGUGACUGUAACCUCAGUUCUGAUGGGGGUGGAGGCUGCAGGCUUGCUGGGGCUUGCUGUCUUCCCGCUUGCCUGAGAAGGUGCAGGGUCUUGGUUCAGAGAGAGAGACCUUGCCUCAAAGGAAUAAGGGAAAAUGACAAGGCGACACUAGAUGCUCCCUUUGGGACUCCAUUUGAACAGGAAGGCAUGCACACACACUCUUACACAUACAUACUCAUGCUUACACAUGCACACACAGAAAAAGAAAACAAAACUUUUUAAAAAAGAAAAAAAAAAAGAAAGGAGGCCAUUCAUGGUGGCAUACACCUUUAAUUCCAGCUUGUGGGAGGCAGAGAUGGAGGCCAGCCUGGUCUACAUAGUGAAUUCUAGGACAGCCAGAGCUACACAAAGAAACCUUGUCUCAGAAAACCAAAAUAGUAAUGAUGAUGAUGAUGAUGAUGAUGAUGAUGAUGAUGAUGAGCCUCCAAACUUGGUGACCUGAGCUCAGCCUACACAUUGGAAGGAGAGAACUGAUGGUUUUCUAUUGUCCUCUGACCCCCGCAUGACUGCUGAGUGUGCCUUCCCCAAAUGCACACACACAAUUUCCAAAUAAAUAAAUAAAUGAACGCAAUUUUUAAAAAAAAUGAGGCGGGAGAGGCGACUCAGUAGUUAAGAGCACACACUGCCGGUCCAGUGGACCCAAACUGGCUUGCCAGCACGCGUGUUGGGUGGCUCAAAACUGCCUAUAACUCCUUCUGCAUGGAGUCUGGAGCCUUUGUCUGUUCUCUGUGGGCACCUGCACACGUGGCACACACACAUAAAUAAAUCUUAAAAAAAAAAAAAAAAGAUGAAGAAACCCAGGACAGGAAGGAGAUAGCAAACAAAGAGGACGCUCGCUUGGCAGGCCACACGGAACAUUCAUCAGGAAUUCUAGUUCCUGGGCCAGAGCCACAGAGGUUGAAGAAAACAACCCCAAUGGAAUGUCCUUCCGAUUGAGAGAACCUCCUGGGACUCUGGGCUUCUGUCCAACCAUGGGAAUCAGCCUCAACGCCUUUGGCCACUCACACUGAACUGGUCUGCCUCUUCGCUCUGGAACCCGGCUCCUGGCUAGGCGCCCACACACACAAACAGCAGUGGCUUGUCACUACUGACACGUUUGUAUUGGUUCAAUUCCAUGUCCAAGGCACCGAUGUCUGGUUAUCAAGCCCUCGUUUGGAAGGACGGUUCCAGGCUCUUCUUUCCUUAAAGUCGCUGUGUACCUUCACAUCUGGGCAGAAUUAGCUGGCUCCAGGCUUCCUGUGCUGAGAGUCCAGGCCCCUGGGCUGGGAGGAAAGAUGUGUCGCACCAGACCUAGCCUCCGAACUUUCAUUAAGGAUGAAUUGCUUCGGGCUUUUCCCCCCAAUGUAAUUAUAAAUAAAAAUAGUAUUAUUGUUUUGAA